AUGUCGACAGCAACAACAACUCAAGCGGGAGGGGGGUUCUCCCUCUUCCCCAAUACCAACGUCACCCCAAGACCACCUUCAAGACCGUCGAGAGCAGCAACACCUCAAGGCCGCCCUUCAACGUCAACAGAACCAUCAUCGUCCCGGGAGGCAGGAAGGCAAUCACCAGCUGGAGGACGGGGAACACCACGGGAAGGGAAGCAAAGGUCGGCUUCACACUCCAACAACCACUCCAACAACCCUUGGCAGUCAGCACUAGACUCGGCUCGACAGCAGCGGGAACAUCGAGAGCAACAUCAGGAGCAACCGCAGCGACAGCUACCAGUUGAGAGCUUGCCAUCGGAUCCAAUAGUUGAAACUAGUGUUGCUGCGCCCAUCUCCGAAGCAGACGCGCCUCCACGAUGCGAGACGACACUGUCCGAGGCAGAGACACUGGUCGGGCAGCAAAGUAAGGGAACUCGAAGCUCAAUCGCCAAACCACCCAUCACAUAUGCUCCUGGACCAUCAUCGAACGCAGCAGCGGCAGCAGCAGCAGCUCCUACCGCCAUCCCUCAACCACCGCAACCACCACAAGCAGCUGCCAUCCGGUCGAUAUUCCCACGAUAUAACCCCGAAAUUCCGCUUGAUCGCCAGGACUAUUACCCAACCCAGGCCAGCCCUACACAUAUUCCCCAGUCCGCAAUCAGCAGACCCAUGUACUCAGCCCGCGACGCCGACCAGCAAAGCGAAGCUGGCACCAAUGCCGGUACGAAUGGACCGACGAACCCCAGAACCCGGCCGGUAGCCAACCCGUCCGUGACCUCUGGAUCAGCCAACCAACGAUGGCCGGUAACGCGCAGCCACGAGCCGCCAGUGAUACCAACGGUGAAUACCACCGAAGAGCUUCGCGGUCUCUGGAAAGCCGCCAACGGGUGGCGAGCCACGCAGCUCGAAGGGCGUAAAUACUGCCUGAAAAUGGCAUCAGAUGCCUACGCCCCCGUCUACACGCUCUCCUCCUCCAACCAGCCCUUCUACUGUCUGCGGGUGGACCCGACCUCCGCCUCCGCUCUGGUCUCGCUUUCGCGCUACGACCCCAACAAGACCUUCAAAGGCGACAAGUCCACCAGCGCGGCGGUGGGAAUCUCCGCCGCCUCAGCCGUGGCUUCUUCCGCUUCUUCCACCUCCUCCGCCUCCUCCUCCCCCACCCCCGGCGCCCGCGCCUCCUCCAGCACGCCCUCCCCGCGCCCUUCCUCCGUCUUCUCCCGCAACCCGGACGGCUCCGGCGGCGCCUUGGGCGGCGCCAGCAGCAAGAGCACCAAGACCAAGAAACACGACGCCAAGCACUGGCAGGAAGUCAUCUCCACGACUCUCGAGGCCGCCGUGCGGAAGCAGCCACCCAACGACGGACUCGUCGCACAGCUAUGGCCGCUCACAGCCGCGCGACUAGCUUUGGACCGCGCCACGACUGACGCGGCCACCGUCGCAGCCGCAGAGAACGAGUGCGGCAGGCUGGUGUGGGACUCGGACAGCGGGAACCACUACCUGGUGCACCCCAGCCUGGCGAUGCCGUUCUGCAUCACGGUGGAGCGCAACGCGGCCUAUAACAGGACCGAGUACACGCUGGAGCAUAUCGAGUCGCCGAACCACCUCGGUCGUCUGACGCGGGACGGCACCGGUCAGGGCUGGCUGGAGAUCGACACGGCGAUUGCGAGCCACGUGGAGGCGGUGUACCUGGUUGACGUGGCCAUCGCGGCACUGGUGCUGGUGGCGCAUGCGGACGAGCAGUUCAUCCGCGUCGAGACGUUUGAGCCGCCGCCGGCGGUGUUUUUUGGGGGGCCCCCUGGUGCUGCUGGUGCUGGUGCUGGAGGAGGAAGCCAGAGGUCGAGUUUGGCGGAGUCGUUAUCUUCCGCGCUGAGGAGGAAUACCACUUCGGAUGGUGAGAAGGAAGACAAGAAGAAGAAGAGGCAGAAACAGAAGGAGAAGGACUUGGUUAAUGGCAUCAAGACCCGCGUCGAGCAGUUUGAGCUGGAUAUUGAGGCGCAGGUGAAUGCGGAUCUGAAGGCCAAGAACGAGAAGAUGCCGGGGUGUACGCGGGGGCUGAUUGCCGUCUUGAAGUUUGCUUUCAAGGCUAUUAUCUGGUGUGCUACGCUGGUGUUUAAGGUGUUUAUGCUGUUCAUAAAAGGAUGCGAAAAGGGAGCACGCUGGAAUUAA